AUGCAUAUGCUUAGGGAAAAUAAUAACACGGGAAAUACAUUUGCAGCUUCGUCACCCAACGAUUCGUCUUCACCGGCAGAUGUCGACAAUUCGAUGAAUUCAAAUGCUGGUACAGGGGUGAAGCCUAAAACUCCGCUAAAGAAGGAAGAAUUGGAAAAAAUUGCUAAGCAGUUGAAAAAGAAGCUUUCGAAGGCGACAAUAGCGGCGAAACAGUCAUUGUCACCAGCCAAUGUUCGGGUGGGAGCGAUGCCCAAAUCGAGUCCAUUGAAAAAUUAUAAUAAGAAUUUUGAGUCGUCACCACACGGAGGAAUAUUAUCAUCGUCACCGACACACUUGUACUCGCCGAACGGAAAAUCUCCUACGCAGAUGAAGAGUCUGGCAGCGGUGUAUUUGUCGUCGUCGCCGUUAAAGAGAAGGGCCAGUGAGACGAGCGAGCUUGCAGAUUCGCCCACGAAGAAGAAGGGACCCAGAGAUAGUGAUGAUAAGGAUGAACGUCAACCACAGAUGAUUUUGCAGGCGGUGGAUGAGACGCCGCUGACUCCACCGAGGAAUAUGACCACGUUGAAGCCAUCACCGUCGUUGACGACGUCCAAACAGCAAAUGACGCCGAUUUUGCAGAAAAGACGCUCGAGUGUGGGCACUCCAAACGUGCUUUUGCGCACACCUACCCAGACGAGGCCUAGCACCAAUGGAGAAGGCCAAGACGAAGAAGGUGCCGAUCUCUUGAUGUAUUUGGCAUCGUCACCAUCGCCAGCAAAACCAUAUCUUUCCAAUACACCACGUUCCAAGGCCGAUUUCCAUCUGGCUAGCCACCACCACGAUAUUCAUCCACCUGCAUCGGCACCAAGCUCAAGCGUAUCACAUAAGGCCCCAUCGUCAUUCAUUGUUCCACCACCACCACUCACCCCAAAACGUCAUAUUACCGCGUCUGCAAAGACCCCUCAGAGCAGGUUGACCCCAUCCGUAAACCUUUUCAACAAUCUAUCUGUUAAUAAUGGGGGCUUGCCGUCCUCUGGGUUAACGUUGACUCCUGCAGGAUUCAACAUGAAUGAUUACGUCAAUUUCUUCACUCCAUCACCAGGAAGUGCAAACAUGAACUCAAACAGCAAUAACUUGAGCAAAGCAUUUUUGAAAACCCCCGAUUUCAAUACAAUCGUCACCUCCAAUAAACAAAGAGUAGACGGUAAGAUGAUCAAUUUCGACAAGGUGGGUCUAUUUGGAGGAAAUAAUAAUGAUACUACAAAAGAGUGA